AUGAUCUCAUUUGAAAAAUGUGAUAAGAGUAGACAUCGAAUUGGUAAUGAGACUAUCAAAAAAUCUGGUCCUGGUCCCAGACACGGUCACACGGUCAGUCUAAUUCGAUGGAAGAUUCAACGGCGGAUUCGAUGGAAGAUUUCAACAGUGUAUUCGAUGGAAGAUUUCAACAGUGGAUUCGAUGGAAGAUUCAACAGCGGAUUCGAUGGAAGAUUUCAACAGUGUAUUCAAUGGAAGAUUUCAACAGUGUAUUCGAUGGAAGAUUCAACGGUGGAUUCGAUGGAAGAUUUCAACAGUGUAUUCGAUGGAAGAUUCAACGGCGGAUUCGAUGGAAGAUUCAACAGCGGAUUCGAUGGAAGAUUUCAACAGUGUAUUCGAUGGAAGAUUUCAACAGUGUAUUUGAUGAAAGAUUCAACGGUGGAUUCGAUGGAAGAUUUCAACAGUGUAUUCAAUGAAAGAUUCAAUGAUGAAUUUGAUGAAAGAUUUCAACAGUGUAUUCAAUGGAAGAUUUCAACAGUGGAUUCGAUGGAAGAUUUCAACAGUGGAUUCGAUGGAAGAUUCAACAGCGGAUUCGAUGGAAGAUUCAACAGCGGAUUCGAUGGAAGAUUUCAACAGUGUAUUCGAUGGAAGAUUUCAACAGUGUAUUUGAUGAAAGAUUCAACGGUGGAUUCAAUGGAAGAUUUCAACAGUGUAUUCAAUGAAAGAUUCAAUGAUGAAUUUGAUGAAAGAUUUCAACAGUGUAUUCGAUGGAAGAUUCAACGGUGGAUUCGAUGGAAGAUUUCAACAGUGUAUUCGAUGGAAGAUUCAACGGCGGAUUCGAUGGAAGAUUCAACAGCGGAUUCGAUGGAAGAUUUCAACAGUAUUCAACGGUGGAUUCGAUGGAAGAUUUCAACAGUGUAUUCAAUGAAAGAUUCAAUGAUGAAUUUGAUGAAAGAUUUCAACAGUGUAUUCAAUGGAAGAUUUCAACAGUGGAUUCGAUGGAAGAUUCAACAGCGGAUUCGAUGGAAGAUUUCAACAGUGUAUUUGAUGGAAGAUUUCAACAGUGUAUUCAAUGAAAGAUUCAACGGUGAAUUCGAUGAAAGAUUUCAACAGUGUAUUCAAUGGAAGAUUUCAACAGUGUAUUUGAUGAAAGAUUCAACGGUGGAUUCGAUGGAAGAUUUCAACAGUGUAUUCAAUGAAAGAUUCAAUGAUGAAUUUGAUGAAAGAUUUCAACAGUGUAUUCAAUGGAAGAUUUCAACAGUGUAUUUGAUGAAAGAUUCAACGGUGGAUUCGAUGGAAGAUUUCAACAGUGUAUUCAAUGAAAGAUUCAAUGAUGAAUUUGAUAAAAGAUUCAACAGCAGAUCUAGAUGUGAAUAAUAAUGAGAUUAUGAAUUCAGUU